GCUCGCGUCUGUCAUGAUUCUCUGAUGGACAAGCGUCACAAAAACAAGGCAGAAGAAAGCAAAAUUCGAGGUCGGAUUAUUCCGAAUUGAAAAAUUCCGUGUUCCGGGUUCCCGUACGUGCUGGAUUUGACCGCGAGUGAGUUCGGGUUGUGUGUUUACGCAUUUUUCUGAUAGUAUUUGGUGAGUGUUUUGGGUGUUGUUGGCAGUGUCGGGCAAAAUGUCUACGUCGUCCUCGUCCCAUCAUCCGUUUGGUCAUCUGAACCACAAUAACAACAACAGUCUCGGUGGAGGCGCUUCUGCCAACCAUAGCGGCGUUCAACCGCUUCAUAACAACCUACAGCCUCCUCAGCUCCAGCAUCCGGCGGACUUUGAAGAGUUCGACGAUGUGGACAAUGAGCAAACGCAGCAGCAGCAGGAACAUCUGUUCGACGACGAUGACAAUAUGGACGAUAGCGAUCAAGACACGGAGGAAGCGAGUGAGACGGAGUUGGGCUCGAGCGGUAACCAUCGGAACAUGGACGAACCAGUCGAGAUCAAGGAACAAAUGUAUCAAGACAAGCUGGCAUCGUUGAAGAAGCAACUGGAUGAGCUGCGCGCCGGAACACAUCCGGAGUACGUUCGACGGGUGAAAAAACUGGAGCAUCAAUAUAACGAACGGAUUCGUUUGAACGAGAUCUACCGGGAGUAUUUGAUCAGUUGCGUUGAGCGUGACUACAUCCUAGAGAAGAAUGCCGCGGUGAAGGAGUACGAGGAGAAGAAAAAUGAUUUGCAGGAGAAUCUGGUGACGGACUUCGAGGACCGCCGUAAGAUGAUUGAGAGCGAACGCGCCACAAUGGAGCUAACUGGAGAUUCGAUCGACGUCAAACCGACAGUAACGCGAAAGCUCCGUCGUCGACCAAACGAGCCACUUCCCGUUCCGGAGAAACGUCGUAAGCCAACGACAGGCCAGUUGGUUCUGCUGCUGGACGAGAAGGAAGUCGAGAAUGACCUUAAACUGAUCAGCCGCGGCAAAGCGGUGCAUGCCAUUCGGAAUCAUACUAACAGCACAUCCACUGCCGGUAACGGAAGCUCCAGUCAGAUCGUUAAUAACGUCCCACUGAACAAUCUGUCCAGCCCGAUCAACAGUUAUCAAUUGAACAGUAGCAACAGCACUCCGGUAAAUACUGGCGUCGCUUCCAGCUCCAAUGACAUUAGUAUUGCCGCACUUCCCUCCUCAAACCUGAACCCCAUCAACCCGAACCACACCCCGUCGGGACCGAACGCAUCAAUAGGAAGCGCCAGUCACAGUCAGAACCUCAACCAAAACAAUCACCAAUCUCAACUGCAACCAGCACAGCUGCAGCAGCAACCGCCUGUUCCACAACCUGGCGGUCAGCAGUCAUCAAAUUCGAACCUAUCACAAAACCAACAGCAGCCACCGCAGCAACAGCAGCAGCAGGUUCAACCCCCGCAACAACCACCACUGGUGGAAACCAAAAUCGAGGACGGAAAGCUGCUCUACGAGCGGCGCUGGUUCCACCGGGGCCAGCCGGUCUACGUCGAGGGCAAGGACAUUCCGCGCUUCUCGGCUAACAUCUCCGCCAUUGGCAGCGAGGCCAUCUGGGUCAAGAAAACGUCCGACGGCCAGAAGGUGCGCAUCUUCACCAACCAGCUCAGCCGCGGCAAGGUUUCCAUCAAGCGGCGCGCCAACUGAAGGCCGGAUCUCCACUCAACAAGCGUAUAAUGACUCUAGUUUUUCACUUUUCUAAUUUUCCUUUCAUCGCCCUGGUAAUUUGAGUGACUGUAAGCACACAUCUUUUUCCUUCGGAAACCGAUAUGCAAAACUAAGUUAAGAAGAGCACUUUGAGAUAAUUGCAAAUAUGGAAAGUAUUCUAUCUCACAUGAAGAUUACUGAAAUAGGCGCCCAACGAGGUGGGCUUUGAAGAAUGCAACUGUGUCGUGUCUAUGGUUUAGAAUUAGUAUCUCCUACAUAUAUCGCUAUAUUUUAAAACUGUACCUAAAACAAA